AUGACGGACUGGAAGACAGGAGUGGCUACAGCCAUCCUUAUCGCCAUGUUAGGCUGGGUGCUGCACCUCAUCCAUGUCAUGAAAGCGCGAUCAGAAGCCCUUUCCAUAACAGUCAUCGUGGGCCUUUUCUUCCACACUGUGCCAGCCAUGUGUCUCUUGGCUACGGUUCUGAAGUCGAGAGUUGCCAAGGAUCACCAGCUCGUGUGGUUCAGUGCUCUCAUGGUGUUCCGGUAUUGGCGGACGCUGGUAGGUGUCUACUUCUGGACGCAGUACAAAGUGGCUGAGCGGGGCGCUGGUGGCGGACAAAAAAGCUACAGCCCAUCUGACUGCACUGUCGUGGUGGCUACGGUUGGGCCUGGCAAGAACUUGGAACUGUUUGUGAGAAUGAUAGAAGCAAUUCUCGCCAACAAGCCCCGGCGAGUCAUAUUUUCUACGCCGGAACCCAGCAUAGCGGAUAUCGUCCGCCCCUUUGUGCUCAAGAUCCAGAGCGACUUCCAAGCACGCACGGCGGAGCCACACAAGAUACCCGAGUCCACAACCGAUACAGAGAUCAUCUGCACGGGCGAAGCUUACAGAAUGGACAAGCGAACGCAGACUGCCCAUGCAAUUAGCUUGGUCGAUACCCCAAUCAUGGUCAUGGCCGACGACAGCGUGGUAUGGGGGCCAAACUUCCUGGAAGCCACACUGCCCGCCUUUGAAGACGACAAGGUCGGAUUCGUCGGGACGCGCAAAUGGGUCGAGCGUCUGCCUCUCCCUGAACACGACUCGGGGCUCAGUGCGCGACAGAACUUCCUCACGAGGUAUAGAGCUGGUUUCUGGAACACAAUCGGGGCACUGUAUCUCAUCCGCCACAACUUCGAGAUCCGCGCAUCCAACGCCGCCGACGGAGGGGUCUUCUGUGUCUCUGGUCGAACCAGCCUUAUCUUAUCCCGGAUCGUCAAGGACGAGGAGUUUCUUGCCAAGUUUCUCAACGAAUACAUUUGGGCGUUUCCGAGCCUCGGAGUAGAGGGUGUGGGGCCGCUCAAGGCAGACGACGACAACUUCAUCACGCGCUGGGUGGUGAAUCGCGGCAUGAACGUCAAGAUCCAAUACUCUGAAGAUGCGACAAUGACUACGCAGCUGGGCCGAGUGGAUCAGUUCAAGUUCUUGGACCAGUGCAUACGCUGGAGUCGCACCACGAUUCGACAGAACCCCAUCGCCCUGUUUGUUGACCGGACCAUGUGGUGGAAAUGGCCCCUUUCCGUGUGGAUGGUCUACUUCCCCUGGAUGUAUAAUGCAGCGCUGUUCUGGGAUUUCCUUGCAGUGUGGACGUUUACCACGACUGCUUUUUUCCGCGACUCGCAAGUGCAGUAUCGUUGGCUGGGCGCCCUCGUCUUCGCAAUCUGGAUGUCCAAGUUGACCAAGACGGCUGCAUGGUUCAUGCGUCAGGAAAACCGAUCCGAUUUCUUCUGGUACUUCUUUCCCAUCCCAGCCUACCCCUUAUUUGCAUACAGCCACUCUAUCAUCAAAGUUUACACAGCCGCGACUUUUUGGGUCAACGACUGGGGUGGCCGGACUCAAGACGAGAACCAGCGAGAAUUGGACGUAGGCAAGACGAGGUAG